GGAUUUGAGCAGGUGCUCCUCACCGCACCAUCAAAAUAAUCAGGUCCUAAACCGCUCCUCCUAAUUCCAUCCAUAUGUCUUUUAAGCUGCAUCUUAUCAAAUAGGUUCAUCAUCACCCUUCUGAUUCUAUAAAUUUCCAGCAGUUCCGCUUUUACCACAGAAGGCUCUUCCCAAAUAAUCAACUUAUUGGCAUCCCCCCCUUCUACCAACUACAUUCCACACAGAAAGUACAGAUUGGUAAAUCUCUCGGUUUUGCACAAUAUUGGGCCACCAUGCCGGGCGCAUCACGGAUUCCAAUCAAAAUCUUGUUAUCGCAGCUCAGCAAACGCGCUGGCGGGGAAAGCAGGGUGGAGGACAAUGACGAUGGCAAAAGUCCGGUAGCCAUAGUGGGACUUGCCGUAGCUGUCCUUACUUUACUUGUGGGGAUUGUGUCUCUUCGGAGCUCACGAUUCCGUCUCUGGGUGUCCCAUUUAUUACACUGGAGCUUCAUCAAAGUAUGCCCCUCCCUCCCGUUCCCUCCUCGGACACAUCUUAAAUAUCCAUUCUUGCUCUUACAAUUCUAAACAGAAAACCCUCGGAAUCACUCCUCCGGAUCAUACACCCACAGUUAUUACAGCCAAAGAGGGCUCAAGAACCAUUCCAGUUGCCGAAAUUCAUAUGCCUAGCCCUGUCUUCAUUUACAAUAAUUAUUCCAACGCCCCUCUUAUUGGCACGAAUUCCGGUAUCUUUUCGUGCAGCCAUAGUUGGACCGCCGGAGAAGCUGGUACGGUGUCGCAAGCGGUGGAACUACUGGGGCCCGGUGGCCGCCGGCCGGUUUCCACGGAGAUAGAGGCUUU